AUGAUAAGUAAAUUCAAUAAAUAAAGCUUCUUGCAAUAAAAAAAAGAAGAGAAGUAAUCUAGAGAGUUGGAAAGGAAAAAAAUUGAAAUGGCAUCCAAAAUUUUUAUAUUUUAUAAAAAUACAAAAAUUUGCAAUGAUUUAAAACAAUCGAUAAUUUAAUAGUAUCUACCAAAAAUCUAAACAGCUCUAUCAGUUCAAUUUAUGAAAGAUCUAGUAUUUAUAAAUAUUAUAUUAGCAAACAUUUUACAAAGUCUGUAACAUAACACUAAAUAAAUGUCCAGAAUUUUUAAAACCCUUUUUUCUUUUAAAUAAAAAGAAUGUCUUAAAUAAUGAAACCUAUGUUUUAAAUAUGCUUCAACUAUUUAGUGGAUGCUUGUAAAUUUAGUAGAAUAACUUUGUUAUUAAUUUAUUUAAAGGAAACCAAUUUUUAAUAAAUAGACUGCAUGUACUAAUAAAUAAAUAUAUUUUUAGUUUUCCAAAGCCAUAUUACUUGGGUUUUAUUUGAUUCAAACAUCAAAAUAAGCUAGUAAUUUUAUUAAAUCUAUAAAUGAAAUAUUGAUUUCAAUUCAUCAAUUACUAAAUGUUAAUUAGAUAGGUAGAAAUUAUUAUUAUUUUAGAUUAAUUUUAUGGUUAAUUCUAAAGAUUAGAGACUUAAAUCUUAUAAUGUAAUUUGCCAUAAUUAAUAGUAUAGAAAGGAUUUGAAACAUUUAUAUUUUACUAUUUAAAUUUGAAAAGAAAUGAAUAAGAAGUUUGGGAUUUAGGGUUUAAUUAUGUAAUGUUAAUAGAAUAAAACAAUUCAUUUGAUUUUUGUGAAUUGAUGAAUCAUAUUAAAAAAUCUUAGUAAUAUAAUUAGCUAAUUUCAAUUGUAUUUACUUCUGAAUAGGAAAUAUAAUAAAUAAGAAAAUUGUUUAAUAAGUUACAAACUUUAAAAAUUCUAAAUAGUGAAUUAUUAUUUGAAAUCCUAACCUAAUUAUUGCAGGUUUUAGAGUAGAAUUAUUAUAAAAUGAAUUUAUUUUCAGAUUUUAAAAAUUUAUAAUAUCUAAAUAAUUCAGAACAUAAAAAAUUAAAAAUAUUAAGAAAAAAAAAAGAAUUUAUCUAAUUUAUAGAUUAAUUAAAUUUUUCAAAACUUUUAAGUUUAUUAAAAAAUUAAUAAUUGAUAGACUAAAGUUAAAUAAGUAAAUUUAUAUACUAUUUAAUUAAUAUUGGGUAAAAUAGAAAAUUAGAAAUUAUCUAAUAGAUGUAAAAAUUAAGAUACAUAGAUAAUUAUUUAACUAAAUAUUUACUUUAUUUAUCUAAUUUAAAAGAUUUUGAAAUGAUUCCUCCUGAAUCUAUAUCUGUGUAUUGUUAUAUUAAGGCUUAUGAAUUCUAAUUAUUGGAUGAUAAAGAAUUUAAAAAUAUUGCUCUUAAGAAUGAAAUAGUAAAGAAAGAAUUUAUUGAAAUAUUUGGAUUUAUCAUUUAAUAUACAAAGAUUUGUAUAUAAAAUAAUAUUAAUUAACACAUUUAUAAGGAACUUAAAUUGUUUAUAAGAGAAAUAUUUGAUAGAAAUUAGAUUUUAAAUUUUUAUGAAUGGAAAUAUGAAAAAAUGAAAAUAAAUAAUCAUCUACCUAUUUUUUCAUUGUUUUCAUAGAGAAUUUAAAAGUUUAAUUAAUAUUUGCAAGAAGAUAAAAAUUAAUUCAAUAGAAAUAUAUUAGCUUUAAUUACUUAUGAUGAAUUUGGAGAACCAAUUGUUAAAUAAAAUAUGAAGAUUGUUAUUAGAAGAGGAUAAGAAUUUUAGGAUGCAUUUGAUUAAUUAGAAAAAAAAUAAUUAAAGAAUAUGUUUCAUGUGUAAUUUGUAAAUCAAAUGGGUAUUCCAGAAGAUGGAAUUGAUGCUGGAGGAGUGACAAAAGAGUUUAUAACAAGAGUAACUAAUUAAGCAUUGGAUCCAGCAUUUGGUUUAUUCAUUGAGACUCCAGAAAAGACUUUGAUUCCUAAUCCUGCUUUUAUGAAGGAAGAAAAAUAGUAUAAUUUAUUAUAUAAUUAGAAAAUAUGCAUUUAUUGGUAAAAUAAUAGGUAAAGCUAUAUAUGAAGGAGUUCUUAUUGAAAAGGUCUUAAAUUAAGUGUUUCUAAAUUAGGUUUUAGGAAUAACAAAUACAAUUAAUGAUUUUCGAUUUUAUGAUUCAGAAUAAUAUCAUAGAAUUUGUAAUUUAAAGAAUCAAGAUGUAACUGAUUUUGGAUUAACUUUUUCAAUUACUUAAGAGUUUUAUGGAUAGAUCAUAGAAUUUGAUUUAAUACCAAAUGGGAGAUAGAUAAAUGUGACUAAUGAUAAUAAAAUAUAGUACAUAAAUUUGUAUUGCCAUUUUAGAUUGAAUAAAUAGGUAAAGUAUAAUAAUAAUAGUAUAGAUAAAAGAAUAAAGUUAAUUUUUUAGGGAAGGACUUGAAUAAGUGAUAGAUCCUGAGUAAUUCAAAUUAUUUACUAAUCAGGAAUUAUAAUUAUUAAUAUCAGGAUAGCCAGUUAUUGAUAUUUAAGAUUUGAUUUCUAAUACAAAAUACCAAGGGUAUUUACCUUAAGAUAAGACAAUCCAAGAUCUAUGGAGUGUUGUAAAUGAUUUCGAAUAUGAACAACAGAGUUAGUUUUUGUUCUUCUUUUCUUCUUGCUCCAGAGCUCCCACUUAAGUAUAUUUAAUUAUUUAUAAUAUAGGGUUUUAAAAGUUUAGAACCUCCUUUUAUGAUUUAAAAAGUACCAAUUUUAUAUCCAAAUGAAAUAUAGAAAUUACCAACUGCUUCUACUUGCUUUAAUAUCCUAAAAUUGCCUGAUUAUAAAAAUAAAGACAUUCUCAGAGAAAAAUUAGUUAAAGCUAUUAGUUCAAAUACAGGAUUUGAGUUAACAUGA